GGACACAAUGGAUGCAGAAUUUUUACAACUGUGUAAAGAUGGUGAUGCUGAUAAAGUUUCUCUUAUAUUGAAAGAGAAGAGGGCUAACGUGAACGUGACUGAUUCAGAUGGCAUGUCUGGGCUCAUGCAUGCAGCAUAUAAUGGACAUACCGACAUGUGCUCGCUCCUUCUUGACCAAGGAGCAGAAGUUGACAAGGAGACCACUAAGGAUUACUUCACUGCUCUGAUGCUCGCUACCCUGGCAGGGAGAGGAGAGGUAGUUGAGUUACUGUUGAGAGCUGGAGCUAAUCCUGAGAAGAGGAACAAGUUAGACAAGAAUGCUGCCAACAUGGCUGCUUUUGUUGGCUCCAAGGAGUGCCUCAGAAUCAUCAACAACUUUCUACCUCUAUCAGAGCUGCUGUACCACACGGUUCCACGUGGUCUUGACAAGACUGACUUCCUGCCUCCUGACCUAGCACCUCCUCUACAUUACCUGUGCUGCAUGACUAACUUAAACCCUGUCAAGAUGCUCCUUUAUGUCAAGGACAAUCCUGCUGUCGCUAAUCCUGCCAACAAAGUCCAGAUAAACAGAGUACUGGAUAGGCUGAUUGAUAAACAGUUUAAAGAGAUAAUAAACGAGGUGAUCGCCUUUAAGAUGCAUUACAUCACCUGCUUAUUGGAAGAGGUACACAAGAGAACGGACGGUGUUGACGGAACUAUCCGGUACUUCCUACUGGGACGGAAACUAGACGGGUUCCCGAUAAACGUGGAGCAGCUGGUGCGCCGUGCUAUCCGCACUUUCAAGUUUGUGCAGAGUCAGCUGGUGAUGCAGCUGGUCCGGACUAUUGCUGCUAUCACUCCCGGAGCUGGAAAACCAGCGCUGUAUUUCGUGAUGACUACUCUAAACGGCCGGCACGUGGAUGUGGACGAGUUCGCGUGCCGCACGUGCGGGGAAAUGAACGCGGAGAAGCGGUGUAGCGCGUGUAAACAAGUGUUCUAUUGUAAUGCUACAUGUCAGAAGAUGCAUUGGUUCACUCAUAAGAAGGUAUGUGAGAGCCUAAGCAAGAGGAAACCAAAGUGUCAGCCGGUGGAAGAGGAGAUCAUGAUGCCACCACCCCCUCCACCCCAACUACCACCCUCCUCCCAACCUCUCCCCUCCCAGCCUCUAUUAUCCGGCCAACUUCCCCCACCACAGUACCCCGAUAACAACAACAACAACAUCAACAACUUUAACAACACCAAUAACAACAACAACAACUCUCUCGAUCAAAAGCCUAUCUUAUCGGACAUGUCUAAAGACGGAGAUAAAAGUGGGGAUCACGUGACCACAGGUUUAGAUCACGUGCUGGCUGGACCGGAUCACGUGAUGGCGGGCUCUGAGUUCUUGGUGAAGUUGGAGCCCCAGGGGGCGGGGGACUUCCCUAAGAGCGAGCCUGGGGUGAAUGUUGUGGUGAAGGAGGAAGUGUUGGACAGUAAUAUUAUCCCUACUUCUUGAGAGCUUCUGCUUUUGAUUGACUAGAUGGAUUGUUGGUAUGAGUAGUACACAAAGGAGUAUCGGAGUUUUAUUGUCAUUAAUGAGCAUUACGCUGUAUGAUUGUAUCGGUUUAAUACGUUUCUAGUUUCUACAGAAGUGUAUCGAUAUUGUACCGAUACUGUAAUAAUAGUGAUAAUGUUCUGUUGUUUAUCAGGGAUUUUUGUAAAAAGUGGUUGUGAAUACCUUGGCUUUGUGAAAUAGUUACAAUUUAAUACUAAUAACGGCUCCAACAAUACACACUUAUUAUUUUUCUAGAUGCUGAAAUCCAAUUUUUAGUAUGUAGAUAAACCAUGUCUCACACAGUAUAGUUAAUACCGCUUAGUACUGAAACUACUGAUGACGCUGUACUGAUGACGUCAUCAGUACUGAUGACGCUAUACUGAUGACGUCAUCAGUACUGAUGACGCUGUACUGAUGACGAUAUAACGCUACUGAAAAUAAGGUUGCGAUGCUAUUUCCGGACCGUACUGUAUUUAUGCUUAGUUUUAUAUUACAAAGAAAUUUGAUCCCACCUACGCUACCUUUCCUGUCUUCUGUUGUUAAAUCAUUAUUAUUAAAAGUUCACAAAGUGUCGUGUUUACUAUCUACUUCACUAAAAUAUGGAACAUAGUAGGUUCACUGUUGGUGCUUAGGUUUACUGUUGCAAGUGUCGCUACCUUUGGAUAUUUUACUGCAUAGUAAAGUACAACUGUGCUUGUCAUUAUGGAUUUGUCUGCAUUUCUUCACAUGAUGCGUUAUUUUAGUUUCUGACUUUUGACGCACUCUUGAUGAUUUCAUAUUCUCACUCUGAUUUAAUUUAAUUUUGUACGAUUACUGAUACUGCAUGAUCAGGUGUUGUAAAAAGUGGUUAUUGGUUACCUUAGGUUCAGUAUCGGUUUCUUCAGUUUCGGUUUCUUCAGUUUCGGUUUCUUCUUCAUCAUAUUCUAAUAAAAGAAAAUCUUACAUUACAUUAAUCAAACAUUAGCACUCGUGCCUUGAGUCUUGUGAGUUGUGGCUACCUUCGUUUUUUCAUAUCUCAAGUAGAUGUAAUAAUUUUUAAUAUUUCU